CGGCCCCUCCAAUCGGCGGCCCCCUUCCACCCGGCGGCGAGGCGAAGGGGGCUGCGUGUUUCCGGAAGACGUGGCUGUUACAGCCGCCGCUUCUCAGCCCUGCGCUCUCGGCCCCGCCGCUGCCGCCACCAUGAUCUCCCUCUCGGACACCCAGAAAAUUGGAAUGGGACUAACAGGGUUUGGAGUGUUCUUCCUUUUCUUUGGAAUGAUACUCUUCUUUGACAAAGCUCUUUUGGCUAUUGGAAAUGUUUUAUUUGUGGCUGGCUUGUCUUUUGUUAUUGGUUUAGAAAGAACGUUUAGAUUCUUCUUUCAAAAACACAAAAUGAAAGCAACGGGCUUUUUCCUGGGUGGUGUGCUCAUAGUUCUCAUUGGUUGGCCUUUAAUAGGAAUGAUCCUUGAAAUUUAUGGGUUCUUCCUAUUAUUCAGGGGGUUCUUUCCUGUGGUUGUUGGCUUUAUUAGAAGAGUUCCAGUUCUUGGAUAUCUCUUGAAUUUACCUGGUAUAAGCUCGCUUGUAGAUAAAGUUGGAGAAAGCAACAACAUGGUAUAAUGACAAGAGGGCAGAAGACUGAUUCUAAACUUACUGUAUUAUUUAUAAAAUCCUUUUGAAGAAUACUCAGCACAAAGAUUAAGUUGUGUACAAAGGAAAAGCUUGUUACAUUCUUUACAUAACAGUUUAAUUUAAAAUGUAUAGUCAACAAUAUACAUUAGAAAAGAAGCCCUGCAAGUGUGCUUCUAGGAAAGUAACUCCAGAGUUCAGGAAGUAAACUGAAGAGGUGAAAGUCAUGGAAUAACCCAUGUUACAACUGUUCAAGACUAUCUUUGUUGGUUUUGGAAAAUAUGCUAGAGGCAAUGAACCCUUGUGGAAUUAACGGUGCCUGUACUUUACCUCCUUAUUUUGAAGGUGCAGUAGAGCAAACAGGCCUACAUUUUUAAGAGUGACCCAAACUUAUCCAACCCUCUGCUUGCUAUCCUCAGAGUGCAAAAAAAACCCAACCAAACAGAAAACUUCUUGUGUAACAAGAGAUGCGUCUUUGCAUGAAGGUUAAGAUGACUAUUCAUCUUUAAGUGUAUUAUGACAAAAAAAAAAAAAGAAACCCUACACGGUUCUGUUGUAAACAUUUUUGUAAAUAUGUGGCUGAAAUAAAACAUUGUUAUCUUAAUGUUUCAAAGCCAAAUGUAAGUUGAUUGUAUUUGCCUUCCGUUUUGGAAUAAGCAAAAGGUCAAUCUUGAAUAACCACGGUCUUAAAUGUUGGUUCUGAACAUGUAGAGCUCAGCAGGGAACUCUGGAAACUGACUUGCACUCCUUCCAGUUUGUUCUCCUUGAGUCAUGUUACACGUGCAUCCAGAUGAGAAUGUAGCCCCUUGUCGCUAACAUGAUAACUUUGUGAAAUAUGCAUAGUUCACAAAAAAUGCAUUUGGUUAAGGUGCUGACAUGAACCCUGUGAAAUGUAUCUUAUCAAAAUUUGAACCUUUUUUUUUAAAUAGUUUGAAGGUAAGGUUUCUUUGUUUACUCUGGAACUACAAAUUGACUUUUAUUUUUUACAGUAAUAAAAUGAAAACUUAAAAGUUCUGUGUAUGUGAGUCUCUGGGGAGAAAAUUAAGCUAAUGGGGCUAACAAAAGAUCAAGUGCCAAUCUCCAUAUGUUUUGUAACUUGUUGCUUGGGUUACCUUCAAAUAACUUCUAUCAGUCACAGCAACAGCUUUGCUGUUACAGAGAUUCUUAGCUAGCCUGGAAUAAAUGUCCCCUACUAAUGCAAGGGUCACAUUUCUGCUUCUAUUGGAAUGUUAAACAUUGUGCACUUUCAAUAGAUUUAGUUACGUAGUGUCCUCACCUAACAAAACAUGAUCAUUAAGUAAAUUGUAUUUGUGCAGGCUUUGGGGGCUUCUGCUGUUUAACUUUCUUUUCCCUUAAAUGUAAUCUUAAAAAAAAAUUACCAAAAUGCAAUGGUAGUAUUUCAAGUAGCUAUGUAGUCUUAAAGGUCUAAUGACUGUUUUUUUGUUUGUUUGGUUGGUUGUUUUUUUUCUUUAUCAUGCAGUUAAAAUUGGUAUUCCAAAAUAACUGUUAAGUUAAGAAGAAUCCUCAUAUACCAACCCUUUUGGAAAUUGCUGUGAAGUUUAUUUGUAUAAGAUGUCUUAUUUUCAUUACAACUGUAUAAAUAGCCACAAUCUACUAUUCCAAAUGUUUAAUUUGCUUCCUUCUCAAACAGGCAUGAAAUGAUUCAGUGAAAAAAUGCUAUUGUAUUUACAAUGAAUAGCAUCCGAAAAAAAAUCAGUGUUUUUAUUUCAUAAAUGACAAAAAAUGGCUAUAUUUGCCUGAUGGCACGUGUGUUAUAGUUUACAGACAGGACUAAAUAUGACUUGUGGCUUCUACCUCAAGAGAUAAACCAAUUUUAACUGCUUCUGUAGAUCUGUUGUGUGUUAAAAUGACUAGAGAGUAACACUACAGCAGUUUAGCAAACUCAUUUUGUUUGCUUUGGUAGAGCACUAGUCUGUACUGUGGGAAUCAAGUACUGUUUAAAGCAGACAGUGUUCAUCAUUUACAUUAGAAGUCAGCUACCUGAAGGUUUUUGUUCUUGUCCUUUGAAAAGUAAUGUGAUGGGAAAUGUGGAUUGCACCCCAUGACUGUGGAGCUCUGACUGAAAGCAAAUUGCUUGGUAAGCUGAAGUACCUUCAUCAACAAGAAAGCUGAUGGUACCUUUCAGAGGUGAUGAAUGUGGUGGUGUAUGUGAUCUUUUAGCCCUCUGAAACACUGGGAUGUAGGCAGUUCAUCUCACUUCUAUUUAGUUCAUUGUUUUAAAUCAAAAGUCAAUUUUUUGUCAGAUGUGAACUGUUGUGAAAAGCAUCUGAGGGAACAAAAUUGUAUGUUGAAUUUAGCAUAGUCUUUAUCCCUCAAGGUAAUGUCUUUGAGACAGUUUUGCCGAGAUAAGUGUGGGUGGCAGCAAAGGUCAAAAUGACAGCCUUAAAGUGUUUCUGUCGUUGCAAAAAUAUCUCUAACAGAAACAUGCUUGGAACAUUUCCCCUUUUAAAUGUAAUUUAUAAUUGCUGCUUUAAAAAUCGUGAGGAUGGAUCUUAUUCUGAGCAGAUGAAUACUGUAAAUAUCCUUGUCAUACCUUGAAUAAAUGGGUACCUUUUUCUAUAA